AUGGAGAUUAUAAGUAUGUUCAUGAAAAGGGCGUGUAAUUUGGGUUUAUUCCAUGGUUGCCAACUUCCUAACGGUGGUCCGAAUAUUUCCCAUCUUUGCUACACGGAUGAUGUGCUCUUUAUCGGAGUCUGGUCGGAGCAGAACGUUAUUGCCUUGAACCGUCUGUUGAGGUGGCUUAAUCUUGUUACCGGGCUUAAAGUUAAUCGACAUAAGAGUAAAUUAUUCGGGAUAGGAGUCAUAGAUAGUGAGGUGGCUCGGCUCGCGCGGAUGGUCAAUUGCAAGGUUGGUUCUCUCCCUUUCUUGCAUUUGGGUAUUCCCAUUGGAGUUAAUAUGAAAAGAGCGAAGUUUUGGAAACAGGUUCUAGAUAAAUUCUCCUCUAAAUUAUCUAAAUGGAAAGCUAGAUACCUCUCAUUUGCGGGUCGUAUGACUCUAGCCAAGCCUGUCUUAGAGAGUCUUCUGUCUUAUUAUCUUUCCUUGUUUGCCGCUCCUAAAUGUAUUUUUAAAUAA